AUGGCAGAUCAAGAGCAUAUCCCUCCUUUUAUGCCUGCGGUCCAUCUUCCUCCUGGGCCCUACGACGCAUCAUCGCCUCCUCUACCAUCAUCCCUGAUAUAUGACCCCAAAUUCCCAACUCCUCAACCAAACCCAUCUCAAUACUUAAUCAAAGUCUACAGUACCGCCUUAUGCCGCGAGGAACUCACCUGGCCCGAAGUCAUCUCUAGCUCCCGUGUCAUUCAACCCCCAGUCCCUGGCUACGAUGUAUGCGGGACUAUUCUCUCAACGCCGUCCGAUGAUGAACGGACGUACGACGGCCCCAAGUUCAAAGUAGGCGAUGAGGUUUUCGGAUGGCUCAGUGUCCAUCGAGGAGGGGGUGCCGCCGAUUGUGCACUGGCAGAAGAGAAUGAGCUGGCAUUCAAACCAAAAAAUAUAACGGCCAUCGAAGCAGCGAGUAUCCCACUCUCGGCCAUGACUGCAUGGCAGGCAUUUUUUGCUCAUGGGAAUCUAAAACACAUUGCCGACAAAUGUGGGCAUCUGGACAGUGAGGUAGUGCGAGACGACUGCAUGGAUGACAAUGGCGGAGAAGGGGUCAAGCAACUACAACCCCAUAAUGAGCCCAUUCGCGUUCUGAUAACAAAUGCAUCCGGUGGCGUAGGAGUACAAGCUAUUCAACUCUUGCGGUCAAAGACUUUGUUCGGAAACCAGAAGUUCUGGAUAUGCGGUACAUGUUCAGGCCGCAAUGCAGCUUUCUUAAAGGACACGCUACAUAUCGAUGAAGUCAUCGACUACACCGUCCAUCCGGAUUUGAGUGAAACCUUCAAGUCAAACGGUUGGAAGCCUGUUGACUUUGUGUUCGACUGUAUUGGAGGAUCGUCUUUGAAACAGGCCCAUUCUCCAUCUGUCGUUUGCGAUAAUGGAUCGAUAGUUAGCGUUGCACACCCAAUCAAGGAGGAAUGGGGCAAUCUAGGAAUUGAGAAGAGAGGGCUAAACAGUCGGUACUUUAUCAUUGAGAUAAACGGAAAGCAGCUGGAGAAAAUUGGUAUAUUGGUGGGAAAGGGUGAGGUGAGAGGCUUCGUUGACAAGGUCUUUGAACUGUACGAGGCCAGGGAGGCCAUGGAACUGGUCGAGUCGAAAAGGGUCCGUGGAAAAGUUGUCUUGAAGGUAUCAAACAUCACUGGGAAAACGAGAAUUAAGUUUUAUGAUUCAGGCACUAGGAGUUCCAAGAAGCAGAAGACCGGAGGUCAAAGGGAUACAAUAGAUUGUUGA